GAUGAGGAACGUGUAUAUGGUUCCGUCUUUGUGACUCUGAACGACAAUCUAGGAGCACAUCAACUCUCAGGUAUGACAGAGAGUUUUUCAAAAUUUUCACAUUUUUGUAGAUAUUGCCAUAUACAUUACAACACAUUUCAAAUCGACUUCAACACCAAAUCACAAGAUCGAACGCCGGAAACAAACCUACAAGAUCUCGCCACAAUUCAGGAAAAUUCAGGACUGGUAACGUAUCGUGGUACAAAAACGAAAUGCAUCCUCAAUGAACUGAGAUAUUUUAAUAUUUUCGAUAACGGUGCGCCCCCGUGUGUUGCUCAUGAUAUAUUCGAAGGUUGGGCUAACAAUGACCUGUUCCUAAUAUUUCAACGACUUGUUAAAUAUAAGGUCGUUAGUAAAACGUUUUUGGAAUCACGCGCCAACUUUAUUUUCAAGGAACUAAAGCUAAGCACCAAAAUCAAUUUAGAUUUGAAUCGUAAGGCAAAAACUAUAAGAGCAAAAGCUACAGAUAUAUGGCAUUUAAUACAAAUUUUGCCUUUAAUAUUUUUAAAUCAAAAUAUGGACAUCCAAAAUAACUCUUUAUUUUCAAUGAUGCUUUUGCUGAAAAACAUCACAGAUCGUGUGACUUCCCCUGUAAUUUAUGCCCACCAAAUAGAUCUUCUAGACUCAGACAUUCAAGAGUAUUUGGCGUUAAGAAUGGAGCAGUUUAAUGUACCGUUGAGACCAAAGCAUCAUUAUGCUCAGCAUUACCCCAUGUUGAUCAAAUGGUUAGGACCGCUAAUAUGUUACUGCACCUUGUCAUGUGAACGGAAACACUGUUUUUUUAAACGAACGAUUCGCAGUUGCCUGAACUUUAAAAACGUGUUGAAGACCUGCAGCGAAAGACAUCAGUUGUACCAGGGAAUGCUGAGCAUGAAAACUAUGCGAUUCGAAAAUAACUUUUUGGUGAAAAAAAACAUUGAGCAAUACGACGAUUUGGGUCUGGAUGUACAACAUGUUCUAGAAUUGCAUGGAUUGCGGGAAGGUAACAUAUACGCAGAAUCGGCCGUUUACUGUGGCCAUUCAUACAAAACCUCGGACUAUCUGUUUUUGGAUCACGCAGACAAUGAGACGUUUUUCGUGCUGCGCAUUCUUUUGUUGGUGUGUGAUAAAAAUACCAAUCAGAUCUUCGUAGUAGGCGAAAAGUUUGCGGUAUCUAAUUUAGUGGAACGCGGAAUAAUGUGCGUAAGCCGUGACUGCAUUGAAGUACUAUUGAAACAAAUAGUAGACUUCGUAGAUACUACACCACUACAGAUCUACAGGGAAAACGGACAGGAUUUGUUAUAUGCGAAGCAUUGCAUCCCACUUUUUUAAAAUGGCAAGUCUAACAAUGUUCAAAAUUUGCGAUUCCCAUCGUUCGGCACGGCAUGCUAUUCCUGCGGUUUGUUCGGUUAAAAGUUUGAUCGAAGAAGGUUCUAUUGUUCUAGGAAAACGAAUUUCGCAAAUCGUCAUUGAAAACGAUGGAUGCCGAAUAAGUUCGGAUCUAGCUUUAUCGGCAUUCAAAAACGAUCUCCUGAUGCUGUUGGCCCCUUCUGAAACCUGGGCGCACAAUCCUUCAUCACCAAUGAUCACGUCAACCGAAUCGCAAGAAUCGAAUGAUACUGUUGACGAGGUUGUACAACUUAUCACCGACGAGCAACAUAUUCAAAUCGAGACAUUGGAUUUGAUGGAGGAGUGUACAAGGAACAAUGAAAUUGACAAUAGAAUUUUCGAAUCUAUUAACCCAUCAGGAGAUGUAGUCGCCCUCAGAACAUUGAGUGAGUUCGGCCAACAUUCUGGGACGAUCAUUGCGGAUGUUCCAUUGGAUGAUCUUGAUAGCGAGAUAUCGGAAAGGAUAAUAAAUUCGGAAGAAACCUCAAAUCAAACUGAAGAAAUGAAUUCGAAUAUAAAUGUCAUGAUGAGCACUAGAAGAGUACUCAAUUCUGACCAAAAAUUUCGAAAGUUUCGCGUGAAUUGGGAAAAAAUCGGAGGCACAAUUUUGAAAAAACUGUCUGCUUUGCAUGAACAUCGGACUAAAAACCCUGAAAGCGCCAUUCCCAGGGAAUUGCAUUUUACUAAGCAAAAUUGGACCAGUUUGGUGCAAAGUGUUAUUGACCAAAUGAUUAUCAUCGACAAGAAACCAAGUGCAACAGUUUUGGGCGAAGUGGCCAAGUCGAUUCUGCUAGAAUACCCUUGCCUUGGAUUUACGGAUGACGAUGGAUUCGAACGGUUGCUUGGAUACAUUCCACUGAAACAAAAGCUUAUUAGCAGACGGAACUAUUUACUAAGAUUUGUUAACGAACAACCGCAUCAACGAGCAUCGACAAGAAAAAGUACGAACCGUAAUUUGAGGGCCGGUACGCUAACAGAAUAUUGGCAAAUGUCGUCCAAUUCUUGCUCAAAAGAAGUUUUAAGUACUCUGCAAAGAAAUGAUAGCGAAUUGCUAAGUGACGACUUUUUGGUCGCAUCACAGCCAUACGUUCGUUUCAUAUUGGACGAAUCAAAACCUGUGCUCGAAAUAAUGUCUCAGUUCCCAGUAAUGAAACAAAAGAAAUUACUAUCAUUUCAUUUUGAAAGAGCAACGGGAGUACCUUCGGAUUCAAUGCACAAAUAUUUUACAGCAAAACGUUGUAAAAUAAUUGAUUAUUCCAAAACAAAAAAAAAGUUUCAAAGCCUUGAUGAUGACGCAACCGAUUUACAAAUAAUCGAUUUUAUAUGUGGAAGACUUGGCGAACGAAUUUCCGAUUUAAUUAUUGCCAAAGAGAUGGGAACUCAGCUGCGCGAACUGAGGGUCGAGAGCAAUUGUCCUGUGAUUGUUGCCAUUGAUCUUGGAAACAGAGCAUCAAUGCACUACGUGUUUCUCGAUGAAGCAUGUGUGACAGGAGGAACCGUUGAUUUAAUUGAAGCCCUAUCAGAAUUAAUGUAUGUGCAGUUCGUGUACAAUCGAAUGUACUCAAAGCACAUUUCGAAAUUCCUUGAGUUCAUUCAAGAAUAUUUUUUUAAAAUUUCAAGUGUUUCUGGGUCCAAAUCAAAAGCUACCAGGACGAAUCGGAUCCAAAGAUUGGUUGCUUCUGUUAUAGAAGAAAUAUCGAAUUUUUCUUCCCCUAUUUGAUUUUUUUUACG